UAGAAAAUGAAGCCACUUUACCUUCUAAAUGCACACUGCCGUAGAUUAAAAAGUGUUCUAAUGAAACAAGACUCCUUUCCAGCAUUUUUGUCAACGUCUUGCCAAGCCCUGAGCAAGAAAAAAAAGGUGAACGGUUAUGAGGACAUUAACCAGGAGAAGUAUGCAAGUUUGGUUCGGACAGUAACAACCUCCAAAUACAGACACCAGACUCCCGAUAAAAUAUUUGAAGAAGACAGCUUCUUAUACGGCAAAGUAGUGAAAACAAAGUCUUCACAGAAAACCUCUGAACCUAAAGUUCCCAAGAAACUAUUUCCACUCAGUAACCCCAACAAAGUAAUUUUAUCGGUGGAGAAGACAGAUCCUAGCAUACCCCUGAAAAUCAGUUUGCCAUCUAGGAGCCAAAUGACAAAUGGUAAUGUGCCUAGUGUCACUCGAAUUCUUCAGCAGACCAUGCCGAUGGAGCAGGCGUUUUACCUGGAGAGGUGGAAGCAAAGAAUGAUCAUGGAAUUGGGAGAAGAAGGCUUCAUUGAAUAUACUGCAGCUCUCUUUUCACAGGGCAAACUUUUCCAUGUACAAUUAGAAGAGCUCCUUCUGUCCCAAGAAGACUUCGGCAUAAAACAAGAAGAGCUGUCUGGAUAUCUAGCCAGUGUCCAGCAUGUAUUGGGAGACAUUGUUGGUGUAAAGUCACUGGAAAGUGCUGUCUGUCACUCUGAGCUCGGCUACUUGGGUCUUGUAGACUGUGUGGCUAAAUACAGGGACAAGCUAUGUGUGAUAGAUUGGAAGACAUCAGAGAAACCCAAACCACAAUUAAGAGACACCUUUGACAAUCCACUCCAGGUUGCUGCAUAUAUUGGUGCAAUAAAUCACGACAAUAAUUAUAACUUUCAGGUUGAUUAUGGGUUGAUUGUAGUGGCGUACAAAGAUGGAUCCCCUGCCCAUCCACACUUUAUGGAUCCCGAUCUCUGCUUGCACUACUGGAACAAGUGGUUACUGCGUUUAGAAGAGUACAUAGAGAAGAAAGAGGGAAAACAAUAGCAAUGAUAUUGCUAGGUUGACAAUAAUUGCUUAGUCUAUAGGAGUGUGAAAAUAAUUAAUCAUUCCUCACUUGCAGUCCCUUUAUUAUGUGCUCUAAUGUUAAAAUGACAUUCUGUGUGCCAAAACCACUUCACCUUUCUGAAUUGGUUAUGGUGCCCGGAGUCCAUUAGUGCCAUCCCAUUAUUCAGUAUUAAACCAAUUACAAACUGUUUAACAGUAAAUAAGUGUUCGUGGCUACCAGCACCCUGGCUGCUGCUUGGGCCUUCCCCUUUCAGUCCAAGUAAUAAUAAGGCAACUUUGCUGGUAUGACUAAUAAUACAGAGUCACUCCACAUUAGCCCUCAUUCAAUGUCACAAUUAUUGAAAUUGGUUCAACACCGAACAGUCAAACAGAGGCAGGAGACUCCAGGCACCAUAAACACUUAACUGAUAUGAAGUGGUUAUGGUAGGUACCAAGAGCAUGCUUUUGAUGGAUUAUCUGUUUACAAACGAGUUAUGGGCCAAAGUGAAUCUCUCUAUACGUAGAGCCAAAAUAUGAAAUGUGUUGCCAAUUAGAUGGUAAUAAUGUUGAAUGCUAACUGUUUUGUCAAAAAAAAAAAAAAAAGGUAGAGGGGUUUCAGACAUUAAUUGAUACAAGGGAACUUUGUUUAAUUUUGUUUUACAUGUGCUGCGGUUACAAAUUCUAAUUGUUGUAGUUAUUUACAGUUGAUUAAUUAUUUGCAGAAAGUAAUUUUAGAAAUAAGUAAUUUUAUUUACUGUUAUAAUACAAUUGAGUGGGGCUGGUUCCUCAUGUUAGUAGGAAGAGCUAUAUUUAUAAUGAGGAGUUAAGUUGGACGUGCCCACAGUUGUUAAGAAGACCUGGGUAAAAGUAAAAAAUAUUUGGAAGUUUCAAAAUACCCUAUGCCUUAAUGUAAUAUUGCAAUUAUUAUAGGUCUCUCCCCAAUGCAUUCAUUCUGCGGCAAUAGUUAUAUUUUGCAUUUUUAUUCUUAGUGGGUAAUACACACUCCUUCCACUCGUAAUAAUAUCUGCUUGAUCUAAUAUCAUGUAAAUUGGACAUAUAUUAAAGAUGAAAAUAUAAUUCAUAUUUUUCUUGUAACAAGAAAGUGGCUACAUGUA